AUGGCCAAUGUCGACGAAUUAUGUCAGUUUGCACGAUUAGGUCAAACAUUUAAAAUUCAAAAAUAUUUGCAAACACAUAGUGUUGAUAUUAAUUCAUUGAAUUUAUAUGGUGAAUCAGUACUUUCGACAGCUACAUAUUACAAUCAAAUUACUACUGUUGAAUAUCUCUUAGUCAAUAAAGCUGAUCCUAAAUUACGUCUUUCUGCUGGACAUACAUCUAUUCAUAUUGCUUGUCGAUCAGCUAAUAUAUCUAUUUUACAUCUAUUAUUAUCAAUAAAAAACAAUGAAAAUAAUGAAGAAGAAAAACAACAAAAAGAAGAUAAACAUAUAUAUGAUUGUUUACGAAUACAAGAUUAUGCUAAUUUAACACCAAUACAUUGGGCUGCUACACAAGAAUCUGUAACAAAACGACAAAAAAUUUUUGCUUAUCUUGAUCAACGAAUGCCUGGUGUACUUGAUAGUCGAUAUGAUAUUAAUUGGUUUAAUUCGUGGGUUAAAACACAUCCAUGGGUUAUCGAAGAAAAAUUAACAAAAAAUAUACUGCCAAUUUCUCCAAAACAACUUUUAUCUAAACUAACAGAUACUGAUAAAGUCAAUCGACAACAUUGUGAACACAGAUCAUCUUUACCAUUAUUAAAUGAGCCUACUUCAAUGAAUAUGACUCCAAGAACAUCGUUGCAUGAGUAUGAACGUACACCAAUAACAACAGUUGUUUAUGAUAACGGUAUUGAUGAACACAAGAAACGAAUUUCAUCUAAAGUACGUCUUAUUGAACAUGCUUCUCAAGCACCAAAAUUACCACUGACACCUAUAACUAGUCGUAUAGUAACUUUCACUCAUCAUCAUACUUCAAAGCAUGAACAUCAUCCUAAUGAAUGUCAUAAGCCACCAUCAAAACAAUCAUCUAUUAAAAACAAUAUGACUCCUAAUUCACAAAAAACACCUUAUUUUCAACGACUUACUUCAAUUGUUAAAAAUUCUUUAUCUCCCCUUUCUGAUCGUUCAACAUAUCGUGCUGAAAGAGCUCAUGUUAUACCAACAUUUAAUUUUCCUCCUUCGUCCACAUCUAUUGAACAUAAGCGACACGAUUAUGAAGAUACUACUUCAUUCAUAUCAAGUAAACGACCUUCUCAUAAUUUACUUUCAAAUAUUCUUCCAUCAUCAUCAUCAUCAUCGGAGCAAAGUAGUCAACGAUCAAUAAAAACAUUUAGUUUCGAUACAUCUUAUAACUUACAACAUCAUCAUAAUACAACAACAAUUGAAACAUAUACAAAAAAUAUUGAAUCAGAAGAUGAAGAUAAUGAUUAUGAAAGUAAUCAAUUUGAUUAUUUAUGCAAAUCAACUUCAACUUUAGGUUUAUCGUCACCCGGUGCUUAUACGUAUGAUGUUUAG